AUGUCGGCGCCCACAGACGCAAAGCCGUCGCCCCUCUUCUUCAACAGCGCGCGUGGCUCGCGCCAGUCGCCUUUCGGCCGCCCAGGCUCCAUCAGACAAAGCUCUCCUUCCACCCCCCGUCCUUCGACGCCAACCUCGUCGCCGCUGAAGCCGACAGAGACGCCAGCCGCCUUGUCGCCCGUCCCUCUGCGCCAGGCCACAGCCAGCAACGGUUCGCAGAAGGCGCCACCCUGGCUGAAGACGGGCAAUACGGCCAACGCGGGCGAGCCCCCCAGUUCGCCCUCACAUCUCCGUUCGCCAUCGCGAGAGCCGCUGUCACCUGGGCCCCAACUGCUAUCGCCCGCCCGCGACCGAGUCGAACGGCCAGACUACGCACGCAACAUGUCCAGCUCCACAAACGCCACGGUCCGCCCACUCAGCACCGCAUCUCUUGCCGCAAAGUUCCAAGGCGGCCGGGAGAGAUCGAGCACGCCGCCCCUCGUCUCCAGAGACAGCACGACCCCAGUCGUCGAGAAGGCCGUUCAAAUGACGCUUGAAAAGCCGCUGGACAGGGCGAUUGAGACGCCCAUAUCGCCCUCCAAGCCCACGCUCGUCGACACAGAACCAAAACCAGCACAACGCGCGGCGCCCGCCCGGCCGCCCAUGAUCCGUCAAACCACAAACGAUGCCCUCUCCAAACUCCCGCCUCCCCUGCUCCACAGCAUGCGCGAAUCCUUCAGCGUCAUGGACCGCGACGACGACGGCCACGUCCACGCCGCAGACGUCGCAGACAUGCUCUCGCAGCUCGGCCUGUCCGCCACGCCCUCGACCCUCGCCAGCUACUUCAACGGCGCGCAGAGCAUCAACCUCGCCACCUACCUCAACACCCUCUCCGACCUCCUCGGCGGCCUGUCUCGCCCAAGCGAGCUGAGUGCGGCCUUUGAAGCCUUUGACGACGGCGACGACGGUCAGAUUGAUCUCGCAGAGCUAAAGGACGCCCUGCUGCACACGGCCCCCGACGCGGGCGAGCACAGACUGACCGAGAGGGAGAUUGACAUGGUCGUUGAGGGCUUCAGCGGGAGGAGGGCGUUUGGCAAAGGGGGGAAAGGACUAGGGAGGGGGGAGGUGUUUCGAUAUCAGGAGUUCAUGGCUAGCUUGACAGGCGGUGGAGGUGGAGAGAGUGGCGCUGUGCCAGCUCCGGCGUAG